CAGCUACGGUCAUCAGCGACAAACGAACGAACGGACGGACGGUGCGGAGUUGUGUGUGUUUUUUCCUGGCUUUUCGAUUGAAAAGUGGUCCAGUGCUGUGGCGUGUGUUGUUGUUACUCCCAUUUUCCCUUUCCGUGUUUCGGUCCAUGUCGAUAUCGGUUUGUGCAAGAAUUCGUCCCGUUUUAUCGUCCGCCACACGGGUAACCUUCCGGACACCAAAAGUAAACUCAUGCGCAUUGUUUGCUAACAACAGUGUUGACAGCGUUGUGGUGGUGAAAUUGGCGUGUUGCAAGAGGUGUUAGUGGGAUAGAGCGGUGUGUGCGGUGUACGUGUCGGUCCGUGUGUAUGUGGACAAUCGCGCUUCAUCCAAAGGGGGGCAGGUAAGCCGUGGAUCAUCAUAACAGCACGCGCGCUAAGGGUUGGUCUUGCUAGACCGUUCCACGACCCGCAUUCGCAGCUCAUCAUCAUCAUUGUCGUGUCGGUGCCGCCGCCGUCGUCGUCGCAGCCAAAGCAAAAGCAGUCCGUACCCGCUCCGUGACAGGGGGUGGUAGUGUGAAAACGGGUGUGACAGGGGUGAAAUAGGGGUGUAGUGUGCACAUGUAGCCAACCGCACCAAUCAACCACUGUUAGUUUUGCGUCCGAUUAUCACCCGACACACACACACACACAGUCUUCUCCAAGUUCCGGAGUCCAGAGACCGAUCAACCCCGGGGACCGACCGAGUAGGGUGCGAUUCUACUCCGAUCAACAAACGCCUGCCACUGUUCGGGGAGUGUCCAGUAUCGGGCAGAAUGGCACCGAAUCUAAGCAAGCUGCUGGCGAACCAGAACGCCGUCGUCGGUGCUGCCGGAUGUACCGCGGCCGUCUGCAUCAUACUGUACGGUAAACAGAUCCACAAGAAUCGCAAGCAACGGCCGGAGGAUGAGAUACAGUAUCUAAUCAGCGACAAAAAGGAAAAGCGCAGCCCGAAGGCCCAUGUCAAUGCCGUUUUCUUCAACCAGCUGCGCGCACUAUUAGGCAUCAUCAUUCCGAAGGCAUGGAGCGUCGAGAACGGAUUGCUGGUCGUGAUUGCGCUGUCACUGAUUGCCCGGUCGGUCAGCGAUAUCUGGAUGAUACAGAAUGCGACGGCGAUCGAGAGCACAAUCAUUACGAUGAACAAGACGCAGUUCCGGACGGCGCUGGUGAAGUACCUUUCGGCCCUGCCCGCGAUCGCUGUCGUUAACAAUGUUCUAAAAUGGAGCAUAGGAGAGCUGAAGCUUCGCUUCCGAACGAACUUGUCGCAAUAUUUAUACAACGAGUACCUGAAAGGAUUUACCUACUACAAAAUGUCGAACCUGGACAACCGGAUAGCGAAUGCGGACCAGCUGCUGACGACGGACAUUGACAAGUUCUGCGAGAGCGUUACCGACCUGUACUCGAACAUCUGCAAACCCCUGCUCGACAUCGUGAUCUACGUGUACCGGCUGACGACCAACCUGGGCGGUACGACGCCCGGCAUCCUGCUGCUGUAUCUGUUCUUCUCCGGCGUGUUCCUUACCAACCUGCGCAAACCGACCGGCCGGCUAACGGUGAUGGAGCAGAAGCUGGAGGGCGAGUUCCGGUACGUGAACAGCCGGCUAAUCACCAACUCGGAGGAGAUCGCCUUCUACAAGGGUAACAACCGCGAGAAGCUAACGAUACUGGCGAGCUUCAACAAGCUGGUGUCGCACAUGCGCAAGUUCCUGGAGUUCCGCGUCGGCAUGGGCAUCGUGGACAAUAUGGUGGCGAAAUAUAUUGCCACUGUGGUCGGGUUCUAUGCUGUGUCGCUUCCGUUCUUCGAGAAGGAUCAUCCGUUGCUCACGGGAAGCCAACAGAGCGAACGGUUGAGCCGAUACUACACGUUCGGGCGCAUGCUGGUAAAGCUGGCGGAAGCGAUCGGUCGGCUGGUGUUGGCCGGGCGGGAAAUGUCCAGGCUUGCCGGAUUCACUGCCCGCAUGACCGAGCUGACGGUGGUGCUGAAGGACCUCAAUUCGGGCCGUUACGAGCGUACGAUGGUGAACAAUUCGGCCAUCGCCGAUGCCGGCCACAUCGGUCCCGGCAUGGGGCUGCUCAAGUUCCAGGACAAUUUGAUCAAGUUCGACCAUGUGCCGCUGGUAACACCGAACGGGGACGUGCUGGUGAAGGACCUGACGUUCGAGGUCAAAUCGGGCAUGAAUGUGCUCGUCUGCGGACCGAACGGGUGCGGCAAGAGCAGCCUGUUCCGCAUCCUCGGCGAGCUGUGGCCAACGUGGGGCGGCAAGGUAACGAAACCACCCGCCGGCAAACUGUUCUACAUUCCUCAACGACCGUACAUGACGCUUGGCUCGUUGCGUGAUCAGAUUAUUUACCCCCACACGCAUCAGGAGAUGAAGCGCCGCGGCAAAACGGACGCCGAUCUGCUCAACUACCUCGAUCUGGUACAGCUCACCUAUCUGCAGGUACGCGAGAAGGGGCUGGACGCGAUCGAGGACUGGAUCGAUGUGCUGUCCGGUGGGGAGAAGCAGCGCAUCGCGAUGGCCCGCCUGUUCUACCACAAUCCGCAGUUUGCCAUCCUGGACGAAUGCACGUCCGCGGUGUCGGUCGACGUGGAGGGCAGCAUGUACGAGUACUGCCGCAUGGUCGGCAUCACGCUCUUCACCGUGUCGCACCGCAAGUCGCUCUGGACGCAUCACGACUACUACCUCAAGUUCGACGGACACGGUGCGUACGAGUUUGGCCCGAUCGUCGGCACACAGGAUCAGUUCGGAUCUUAAAGUUGUGUGGCCCUCAGCAAUGUUGGGAUGAACGUGUCACACCUGCACACACACACACACACACAAAACAUAACUAGCGCAACGCACACGCAGGUAUGUUUCUAUUCACCUGGUAGCAGCUAUGGAUCGAUUGUUUUUUUCUGUUACCGGUAUCUUUUUAGUAGCUAAUAUCGUGUUGCAAUCGCAACGGAUAGAGUCAGCAGCGGAAGCGCCAAAUGCGCUUAGGCAUACAGGCUCGCGUGAGCUAGAGCAAGAAAGACAGUGUUGGACGACUGAUCGGGUAUUUUCUUCUGCUUUCCGUUUUUGCGUAUGUGUUAGUAGAUUACCAGUUUUUAUAACAAAAAAGAGAUAGUUUUUUCUUCUUUUAUUUCCCUAAAUAUUGUACCUUCCUUCUUGCUAUUGCCAAAAUCAUGUUCGUCCUUCGUCCUUUUCUUUUACUUUAUUUUUUCGGUAGGUGUUUGUUCUAGUACAAGGGUGCAGGAAACCAUAUUUUUUUAUAUAUUGUAUAAGUAAAACUCACUUUAAUGUACACACACACACAUUCAUACAUACACUGCAGUACGUACGGGCGAAGUAAUGUAGCUCUGGGCUCUGGGUGAAAUAUGGUUAAACCGUUUAAUUUUGUUUAAAAACUUUUCGAUUAUUCUAUACAACUCAUGUGUUUCAUAGCUCACGGCCCCGUUUUUUUUUACCUUUUUCUGAUGAUCAUUCCCAACGGUCGUUGUGUUGUGGGCCGCUUCCGUGCUGCAUAAGUCAGGCUUCGCGUGGUUAACACCAUAAGAUAAAUCAAUUAGCAAAGCUUUUACUUUCGGUUCGACUUGUUUCUCUUUAGUGCUCUUUUACUAGUGACGCGUAUGAGAAGGGCAGAAGUAAUGGAAAUACAGAACAAAGAACAAAGAUCAAUAUACCACCAACAA